AUGGCCUAUGCCUGUCUACAAUCAGUUCCGUUGGUCAAGCAAGAUACACUCGAUGUCCUCACUGGGCUCAAGGCUUUAGUGCAGUGGCAGAGCACUCUGCUCUGGGUCAAGAAUCCACCCGCAAAUUGGCCAUUCCCUCCUGUCGAUCUGGUGGGAGGACUGCAAGACCUUACCCAAAAGGUGGAAGAUGGAACCAUCACCCAGGAAAUUGACUUCGAAACCCAGUUGGUCGAUUUGAUAACUUCAGUACGCGAUGGGCACUUCACCUACGUGCCAGACGCCUACUCUGUCUUCCAAUACGCCAACGCGCAACUGCCUAUAGUUUCCGUCUCGGCCGAUGGCAAACAGCUGCCAGAAAUCUAUGCGGCCUUUGACCUGCUGGCCCAAUAUACAGGAGACGCAGAGGGAUGGGCCCCUUCUCCAAUCGUGAAGAUCAACGGGACAGACCCGGUUUCCUUGCUGAGCAAAUUGGCCUUCAACGGUACCUUGACUCAUCAGGACUUGGACGCUUUGUACAACCGUGAAUUUUUCACCCCUUUCGCAUCUGGCGGCCAGGGUGAAUUCAGCACCCCUUCGAUGAGUCGGUACUCGGGCUCGUCGAUCGCGGUUGAGUUCAAGAAUGGGAGCCAAGCUUCUUUCCCCAUACUUGCAUAUUUGACCUAUGAUUUUACAAACGUGGUCGAUGGCGAGAGUUUCUACCAGACCUUCUGCAAUGCCACGGUGAAGGCCAUGGCAUCAGCGAGUGCGUCUUCAGCACCUACCGCCCAGCCGACCGCGACCCCAGCCGCCGAUCCAAACACCCUUUGGCCGUUUUACCCUUCAGCCGCUGUGAUCAGUUCCGACGGGCAGGUAGCUGGCUACUUCCUGGAUGACGCACCAAGUGUCGCUAUUUUGGCCGUCCACAGCAUGUCUGAAACCGCACAGCUUUCGGUGCAGCAAACUGUGGCCCGGUUUCUACAACAAUGCCGGCAAGCUAAUAAAACCCAUCUCAUUGUGGAUCUCACCCAGAACCCUGGGGGCACGGUUGGGUUAGCCUACGACAUCUUCAAGCAAUUGUUCCCAUCAAUUCAGCCAUAUCUGGGGGCCCAAUUACGGGCACAGGAACAGGCAAAUAUCCUCGGGCAGUUCUACACUACCGCACUUCAGCAGGCCGAACAGGAAAACGACAUCGACUUGAGCAACGACGUAAUCCUCCAAGGUAUAUACUCUGCGUUCGAUGCCACGUCAAUUUACAACGAUAGUGGUCUGCCUUUCCCGUCGUGGGCAGAUUAUUUUGGUCCUGUCCAGGUGCACGGGGACAAUUUCGCGCACCAGUAUCAGUUGAACCUUUCAAAUGCUGGCUAUGAUGAAGCGACCGCCGGCAUCGUCCCCUUUGGCUAUGCCAACAACUCCAAGGUUGCGCCCCAGCCUUUCCUCCCCGAGAACAUUAUUACUUUUACGGACGGAUUUUGUGCGUCGGCAUGCACAAUCCUCGCGCAUCUGUUGAAAUACCAAGGCAAGGUCAAGUCAAUUGUGGCCGGAGGUCGACCACAAACUGGGCCAAUGCAGGCCAUUGGAGGUGUCAAGGGUUGCGAAGUACAACCUUUACUUGGCCUCAUGGGAAAUGUGGACACAUUUUACCAGAAUGCUUCGGCGGAAGCGAUCUCGGCGGCGAAUCAGACGGAACUGAAAGACCUGGCAGACCAAGGCAAUACGCUUAUGCUUCGGCAGGAUCCAACGAAUGGGAUAGUUAAUGUCAACCUCCUCAAUGCGAUUGCUCAGUAUGAUGAGUCGCAGACGCCGCUCCAGUUUGUCUACGAGGCUGCGGACUGCAGGCUGUGGUUUCAGCCCGGUCAUCUGUUCGACGUUACCGCGAUGUGGAGCUUGGUUGCAGAGCAAGCGUUUGCACUGAAUGGUACAGAGAAGUUCUCGUUGUGUGUUCCCGGCAGCACGAACCAGCCCAGCAGCUUGAGCGGCAACCAGACGCUAUUCCAAGGGGGCCAGCCAUCCAAUGUCACGGGGUACAACCCAGAAGGACAAGAGGCCGCGCAGAGCACGUCGGAGCAGAAUGCUUCUGCGUCGCUGACGUUUGCGGCUGGAAGCCUGUCAAGCAUGGCCUUGGGGAUCUUUUUGGCUGUGAUUGCAGCGUCGGCCAACUUGAUUAUCUAG